AUGAAUUCUCAAAACUUACAAAAAUACCAGUCCUUACCAAAUCACAACAAAAAGAGGCUAAACCAAGAGCAAGUUAAGCUUUUAGAGUCAAGUUUCGACUCAACUAAGAAGCUCGAGCCGGAGAAAAAACUCCAACUGUCAAGAGAAUUAGGGGUUCCUCCGCGUCAAAUUUCCAUUUGGUACCAAAACAGGAGAGCUAGAUGGAAGAAUCAGAAUCUGGAGAUUGACUAUAAUGCCCUUCAGCUCAAGCUUGAAACUGCAUUAUCUGAGAAGUUACAGUUGGAAAAAGAAACUGAACGUCUUCGAGGGGAGUUGCAAAAAGCAAACCAAAUGUUAAUUGAAAUAAAUGGAGAAAGGGCAAUAAAUAUUCCUUUAGGUGAUGUUUCACUAUCUAGUUAUUAUGAGGAAGGAGGGAGCUCUAGCUUUCACGAAGAUGUGAUCAGCUAUAAUACUACUACAUGGGAAAUUAGGAAGGCUGUGACUAUGAUGAAGGAUAUCGCGGUGGAUUUGGAGAGAGAUGAGAGAACCGAGAUGGUAAAGGAUCUCGAAGCUGGCGUUAUUCAGUUGUUGGGUGCGUCUGAUGAGUGCAUGCAUCUUUCCGAGGCAAUUCAGUCUAUAG